AUGGAAUAAAUAGUAAAGUCGGUACUACACGCCGUAACACAAGUGCCUUGGGCAUCUGGUAGUAACUUAUUCAGUCUUCGGUAUGCCGCGGGGUAUCUCUUCAAGCCAUGGGCAUAAGUCACUCCACCAUGACGACCUCACCCCGCUCCCGACUGUCGACUCAACGCUUCACGCCGCAGUAUCACGUCAGCCAUUCGGACCACCUAGUUCAUGAUAACUCUGAGUUAGAGGAGAGAAUCUCGACGGCUACAGAUAAUACUUCUUUACAAUGCCUUCCAGGGAAGCAUCCCAUGCGGGGUCUUGGUAUUCUGACAACUCUCGGACAUUGAGCCGUCAGCUGGACCAUUGGCUUGCCCAGGUUCCUGACCAGAUAGAGGGACUCGGCUCGCUGCCACUUCCUGGCGCCCGUGUAAUCAUCGCCCCCCAUGCUGGAUAUGCAUACUCGGGACCCUGCGCUGCGUAUGCAUACAAGGCACUAGAUCUCUCGAAGGCUAAACGGAUCUUCCUCCUGGGACCCUCUCAUCAUCAUCCGCUCUCGACGCUGGCGUUGUCCCAGAUGUCAUCCUACUCCACCCCGCUUUCUGACGAGCCUCUGCCGCUUGAUACGGAUCUGAUCACGAAGCUCUUAUCCUCCAAAGCAGUUAAGCCGAAUGGGUCCACGGUCAGCUUCACAACGAUGUCACGUUCCGUUGAUGAAGCGGAACAUAGUCUCGAACUCCAUCUACCCUACAUCCAUCGUCUUCUUCAACUUCAAUAUCCAGACAAGCCGGCCUCUCAGUACCCACCCCUGGUACCAAUCAUGGUUGGAAGUACUUCAGCAUCGACGGAGCAAGCAUUCGGAGCGCUUCUUGCUCCUUAUCUUCAGGAUCCGUCAAAUGCCUUUAUCAUAAGCUCUGACUUCUGUCAUUGGGGACUUCGUUUCCGUUAUACGUACUACGUCCCACAAGCGCCAACACCAGGGCCAAAUCUUCCACUGUCCUAUGAUUCCCUCCCGCAGCCAUACCCAGAUCUUGAAAAGGUAGAAGAGCAGAUCCAGUCGGUGUCUGCUGGCCACCACCUGCACCACCGGGACCGCAUCAGCUCUGCAGAACCAGCGAUCCACGAGAGCAUCUCCGCGUUUGACAUUGCAACUAUGGCGGCCAUAACUACCGGCAAGGCAGAGAAGUUCCUCGACGUGAUUCACCAGACAGGGAACACCGUGUGUGGGCGACACCCGAUAGGUGUGAUCAUGGCAGCCCUAGAGCAGCUGGGCCCCAAUUCCAAAUCCGCGAACGGCAAGUUCCGCUUUGUUCGAUAUGAGCGGAGUGAAGACGUGGUAUCCGUAUCAGAUAGCUCUGUGAGUUAUGUGUCUGCGUUUGCAGUGCUAUAGAGUUAGCAGCGUUGAUCUGCUACUCAUGAGUAGACUACGGUAUAUGAGCCCAGAUUCUGCCUUUAUUUGCACCCGAUCAUUUUCAGAUAGAUACUUUCUGGAAGUCAGUCAU